GGCCCGCCUUCUGUGUAAGGACUUUUAAGUCCACAACUUUCCCCCCUGGAUCUGGAGAAAUGUGGGCUUAUUUUUACUUCGUCUCGUCAGGAAACCCCGGGAUUAUAUCACACUUGAAGUGGAGAGACGGUGUCUGGAAAGUGAAAGUAGAGUCUGCAGGAGGAGAAUGGGUAAAACGCAGGAUCGCAGCAGACGAGCAAAGGCAUCACCACAGCACGUGUGAGUCUUGACCAUUACGUUGGCAGAAUGACGUCAUGGAAAUAUGUGAUCCAGCUGUUUCUCUUCGUGUUCCUGAUCAUGAUCAACCUGUCAGAAGAGGGUUGUUACGACUAUUUCAACGUGACUAAAUGGAAAGAAGAUCUGAAUAAGACUUUCCCCCUCGUAAUAACUAAGGAAUUUAAGGACACAAUUGAAUGUACUUUAGAGAAAAAGUGCAACCAGGAUAAUCAUACAGGAAUAUCAUGUAUCUAUCUAAAUCAAUGCUUUGAAAGGGAAGGAGAUUUUAACAGCUUGAUACGGGCUGGAAAGUGUACGGAGAAACCUCAGAAUAUCUCCUUCUAUAACUUCAUGUGGUUGAUGGCUAAAGUUGUCAACUACGCUAAAGGCUCUGAUUUAGACACCGUAUGCAACGUGUAUCCAACACCACCACAUAAUAGUAAGUCCCACCUUUUUUGUGAUUUAAGAAGUGCAUGUGGAUGCCGUGCAUUUGAUCAUUCAGAAUCAUGCUUGCUGUUGCAUAACUGCAUGUCUCCAUGUCCCCACACAGUUACAAAUUCCCAGUGUAUAGAGUCUGUUCACUCAGAGAACCAUUGAUACAUACAGUAUGUAACCUUCUGCUGUUUUGGCAACCCGUUCUCAUUCCCAACUCGUCAUAUCACUGGAGCUUUGUCAGUGGCCUUAAGGCAAGACAAGGCACCUUUAUUUGUACAGCACAUUCCAAGUCAACAAGUUGAUCCAAAGUGCUUUACAUAAAACAUUAAAGAGCAGUUCAAAAUAUAAACCCGGCUAAAUCAGCAUAAGACGGAUAUGAAAUACAAGAAUAAAAUGCACAGUGCAGUGUACGAAAUGAACAAUUAUUUAAAGAAAGGCUGCAUCAAAAAGAAGCCUUGAUUUGAAAGAACUGAGAGUUGCUGCGAACCUGUAGUUUUCUGGGAGUUAGUUCCAGAUAUGUGAAGCAUAGAAACUUAACACUGCUUCUCCAUGUUUAGUUCUGACUCUGGGGACAGAACGCACACCUGUCCCGGUUAGACCAUCCGAGAGGUCUGGGUGGUUCAUCAUGUAGUAGAA